CAUUGUUGACUAAUGGCUGCUGUGCUCUAAGUUGAGUGUUGCUGCUGACUUGGGCUGGACAUUAGUUAGUUUUAGCGUUGAAAUAAGGAUAACCGCGACACUCCAAGAUGACUGUCAGCUUAGAAGAAUACUUUCGGACAACAUUUGAGGACAAGCUCCUCGUAAAGAUGCCGGAGAGGGAGGAUGACCACCUGACUCCUGCCACACGGCUGCUGGAGAAACGCAGGGAAAUGGCAGAGGUGGAGCAGGCUCUUGCAGCUCAAAAGGAGGAGUUUCAAAUGAAGAUGGAGAGUUUACAACAGAGACGAGAGGAGUUAGAGAAAAAGGAGUACCAAUUGAAAGAGUCUUUGUUAAAAUUUGACAAAUUUCUUAAGGAAAAUGAUUCCAAACGAGCUCGAGCUGUAAAGAAGGCGAAUGAUGAAAGGGACAUGAAGAAACAGAAAGAUAAAGAGAUAGAGCGGUUAAAGGAAGACACAUCAGUGGUGGCCAAGGACAAAAACAAGCUACAACGGAAGCUAGAGAGGUACACCAUCUACCACAAGUUCAUGGAGAAGGUGCUGGAAGCAGGAGAGGAGUUCCAUGAGAUGCGUGACAUCAUUGCCCGUCAUGACACACUCACUGCCACACAUGAGGACUUGCUGGAACGGGAACAGAAGAACCAGGAGGUGAUAGAGAAGCAGAGGCAGACACUGCUCAAGUACAUGGAGGAGAAGGACAACGAGAUCCUGGGCUACAACAACCAGCUGUCUGGACUUCAGACACGGCUGGACAAAGCACAGAGCGCUGCGGUCAAAUGGGAGUCAAAGUGGACACACAUCAAGAACACUGCUGCAACCAAGACACUACUACUUGGCAGAAUUAAAAUGGCAACACACAACCUGUACCAGCUGGUGAAGAGACACCAGAAACAGUCUGCCCAGGUUGAGGACACUGCGGAGCAGUUAUCACAGAUCCAGAUGUUCCUGGAGGACCUCACUGACAUUGUGCUGGAGCUGAAGAAAGGGGACACAACCAACACCUCCAUCUUUGCCCCAUCAUCUAGUUAGCUGCUUGACCUGAAUGCAGCCGAUGACAAGCCCUAGCCGCUGCCACUCACAUGGCGAACAAGCCCUUCAUCAAUGAUAUAGCAGAGCUUGAAAUUUCAAACAUUCUCAAGUCUUUCAACAUUUCAUUUUUUUCCAGGAGAAAAUGAUGAUUAAAGCACUUAGAAAGUACAUGUAACCCUUUUGACUGCAUGUUAUAAUAUCUAUCCUUAUGAUUUGGUGCUUCACCUGGAUGAAUGUGUUGUGGGGACUUGACAGUGUUUCAAAUUUUCAGUAAUCUGUGUUUCCUUACUGGCAAAAUAUCAACAGACAUUCAUUAAUAGUUUUGUGUACCAGGUACACGCGAUACUGACUUGAUAUCCUGCACAUAACAAGAGUCACACAACUCUUGGCUUUAGCCUCUCAGUGCAACGUGUUUGCUAGUGUGGAAACACAGGUUCUAGCAAUAUUGAUGUUGUGAACACAGAGAUAAAACUUGUCCAGCAAGACAUUCAACCGACCCUGAUUUGUAUCAUUAUGUACUGUCCAGAUCCCCGAGCAGUGAUGGCAGACAGAUGACCCACACACCAAGAUGCCGAACAGUUCAGCAUCAUGAUCACUGCGAUCAUGAUCACCUGUUUCUGAUGAUUGUUCUUUUUCCCUGCCUUUAUAUGUGUCACCAUAUCUCCCCAGAUCCAAGUGUUCCUUCAAGAUCUGAACCAGAUUACAGCCGAGAUUCGCCGUAUGGACCUGUCUGGUGCAUCCAUCAUCCCUCCUUCCUCCAGCUGAACCACCUCCUUCUUGUAUUGUCAGGACAUAUUAUGUAAACAAAUCAACAGUUGGGAGCUGCAUACUUUAAUGUGGUACUAUUGAAGAGGAAAUCAAUGUUGAACUGAUACAUGGACUAAAGUAAAAAAAAUAUUAAGGACAAACUGAAAUAGAUUAAUGGGCAUUGUUAUAUGCAACCAUAAGCAUUUAUUAUUGAGAAGUAUUUCUUAUGAGAAAAUUAUCUUUGUGUUUGGAUUACCAUUGUUUUUUCAUUCUGCUUAUAAAGGGGUUCCAUGUACACAUCAACGGGUUUCCUGUCCAAUUCACUUCUCACAAUAUUGCCUGUUCAGCAACUGAGGCUGUCUGAACAUUAUCUUGAGAUGUUUGCAAUACUUCAAUACUUUGCAUGAUGAUGUACAGACAUAUCUGCUUCACGAGUCUGAGUCAGACUACCCAUCUUCACACACCACUUGUACAGAUUGAUAUAUGUUCUGUUUGAAAAUUCUAAUUGAUUUUUUUUUUGUAUAAAUAUUUGACUCAUAUUGUUGUACAUAAACUAUUUGAAGACUAAGAGUUAUAUAAUAUCUUUUAGUGAAAUGAGCUGUUACGUAAAAUAGCUUGAGUAUCUUCGGCACCACAACAGAUGUGACAGGAUCCUGUGAUCUUUGGUUGGAAACCCCGAUGCACCCUGACAGUUAUCCACGGUUUUUUAGCAUCGUAUUGGUAAUGGAGGGAUUGACAUAAAUUGUAACCAUUAAAGACCUGCAUCAAUA